AUGGUCCGCCUACUCCUCUCGAUCAAAGCUGAGCUCGAGAAUAUCACAGACUUGCUGCCCGGAUCCGACAACUUCGAGUACUUCUUCCAAGUCAAAUGCUCCAGCUGCAACGAAACGCACUCAAAGCUCGUCAGUAUGAACCGUGUCGAAGAACACGUCGCUAGCCUUGGCAAAGGCACAUCUGCGCACUUCGUCUGGAAAUGCUCGUUUUGCAAGCGCGAGUCCACGGCCAAAUUCGAGGAGAAGAACCCUCCCAAGGCAUAUAGCGCCGACGCGAAUGGACAAUUUGCCCCGUUCUUGAUCCUCGAUUGCCGCGGUCUUGAAUUCAUCGAUUUUGACCCCAGGGGUAUCUGGACCGCAAAAGGCAGCGAAUCGGGCACACCUUUCACCGAAGUUGACCUAUCGGACGGAGAAUGGGUAGAUUAUGACGAGAAGGCUGCUCUCCCAGUUGGUGUUUCGCAGGUCGAGAGCAAGUGGACCAGGGCAUGA